UCAUCUUGACUGUUGCUGUGGCCCCUGGUUGCGCGCACGGCAGGAGGCGCAUUGUUGCUAUUCAAGCGGAGCAGCAUGGCCAUUGUAGGCGACUGGGCUUAUAUGGACGCACGCAUCUCUCCGAGGAUACAGCCAGUGUGAGGUCGACAUCAGCCGGGGUUGUGCGCGUUCCUUCUUGUCGCCGUGGUCAGUCGCAAUGAGUUGCCUGGAUGUGAUGUACCACCAAAGCUAUGGAGCCCACUACCUCCCUGCGGAAGCGUACAAGGCUUCUUACUUCAACCACCAUCACCAGCAGCAACAGCGGAAACUGAGCGUUCACAGUAAGAUGCAGAACUGUUUGGGACAGCAGCAGCUUUUGGGCCGAGGAUCGGUGACCCGCGAUCAGGGCCUGCGUCUAGCUCCUGAAGCGGCAUCUCUUUUGGAUUCGGAACAGAAGGACAGCACUCAACCGGCCGGGGCGGAGUAUUUAAGCUCCCGGUGUGUGCUGUUUACAUACUUCCAAGGAGAGAUUGGCGACGUGGUGGAUGAGCACUUCUCCAGAGCUCUCAGUCAAGCCAGCAGCUUCAACAGAGAGUCCAAGCCCCCAAGGAUGACCCAGGAGUCAGUGUCGAGCUCUGCCAGCUCAUGGAAAGAUGGUGUUUCCUCGGAAGGUCACAGCAGUUCAGUUUGGAGCAGCACAUAUCCCUCGCCUCCUGGAGCUUGUGUCUCAUCAGUUCAUCCAGACUUCUCUCCCAGUCCCAUCUCCCAUGCAGAUGGUCCUAUCUGGGCCGGACAUGUGUUCUCCCAGGCCAGCCUCCCUUCACUGGCCACCGUCCCGGACAGCUGGACCUACAAUCUGAACUCUCAGAGCACGAGUGGAUACCCCAAUGUGCACGAAGUGUACCAUCCUCACCCCCACCAUCUCCAUGGUCGACACCACCACCCCAUGUUCCAUUCAUACCCGUCACACAGUUCCCCACUGGAAUCCAGGUUCAGCCCACUGCUACUGCCCAGCGUCAGGGGUCAAAACCAGCACAGCACAGGCAGCUCUCCACACAGUGAAGGGGUGAAGACAGAGAUGGACCCCAGCAGGAGCAGCCCGACUGCAGUUUCAUCUGUCAGCUGGACCCCCUCACCUCUGCACGGAUCCCUAGAGCUGUAUGACUCAGCCAUUGACCAAACCAAAGCAAAACCAUCCGUAUGGUUCUGACUGGCUAACAAAUGGAUGUGAGAUUAUUGGAGACCCAGAGAUGGACCUACUGAACAACCAUUUUGUCUGCCACACCAGCACUCUGAAGACUUAUGUGUAGCUGUGAUGAGCGCUUUCACACUGUCAAUGAACUCAUGUUGAACGACUGGUGAAGAGACGAACAAAGAAUCAAAGAAGUUCUGUUUCAAGAGCUUUGUUUUGAUACCCAAUUUUGUACAGUAAAUGUUUCAAACUAUGUAAAUGUUUUUAUC